AUGGUUGCGGGCGACGAUUACAAGUAUGUCUUCAAGAAGGAGGUCGAGGACAGGCGCCUCCAGGGUCAGCACCAAGGCAUCAAGCUCGGCAUGGGCCGACGCCUGGUCCUGGCCCCUAUGGACCUGAGCCGCCCUAAUCUCAAGAUCUUUGAUGCUGGUACCUCUGAUGGCUACUGGCUCAAUGAGGUUGUUCCCGAGCUGGGUCAGCCUAAGACCUGCCAGCUUAUCGGCGGUGAUAUCACUCCUGAGCGCUUCCCCGAGAACCCACCACACGGUAUCAAGCUGUUUGCACAGGACUCGGCUGGUCCCUACCCUGAGGACUGGCUCCAGAGCUUUGACCUGGUGCACCAGCGCCUCACCAUCGUUGGCGUCGGCCCUCGGGCUAAGGAGUGCGUCGAGGCCCUGAUGAGCCUUGUCAAGCCCGGUGGCUGGAUCCAGCUUGUCGAGAUUGAGAACACAGAAGAGCCCAACGGCCCUUGCACCAACCAGCUUGGCUACAUGGUAAUUGAGCUUGGCAAGGCUCUCGGCUCUGACCUUUCAUACCGUGGCGGCGGUAUGGAGAAAUGGAUUGCCGAGGGUGGCUUCCGAAGGAUUGGCACUAUGCUCGCGCCCGUUUGUAUGGGUGCUGAGUGUCCCGACCCUAGCCUGAGGGACCAGACCAUUGAGGCAUUCUGCUUCACCGCGUCUCAGCUGAUCCCAGCACUGAAGAGCUUCCCCGGUGGAAUCAAGUGUAUGACAAACGAAGAGGCUGAGGACUUUGUCCCUCGGCUUGAGAAGGAACUGCGAACCCAGGGUGGAUAUUUCCCUGUCAAGGUCGUUUGGGCUCAGCGCCCUCCUCAGUAG